AGCUACAAUCUAAAGUGCAUAUCAGUAAAGUCGGUAGCCUUUCUCUAAUGUCGGAGACGUACAAGAAAAUCACGGUCGCACUCAGCGGCGGCUGCGAGCUCCUCUUCAACAAGGAAACAAACCUUUCGCUGAACAGUGUAGUUCCAGUCGGAACUUCGGUAUCGCAGCUUGUUACACUUCUUAAACGAGACUAUGUCAAGGAACGACCGGAGUUGCUUGUCGACGCAAGCGGCGCAAAUGUUCGUCCUGGCAUUCUCGUACUGGUGAACGGCUGUGAUGUGGAGGUAAUGGGCGGCGUCGAACACGUGCUGGAGGACGGCGACGAAGUGGAGUUCAUCUCCACCCUGCACGGUGGGUGA